AACGCAAUUGCAGUAAAUACAUACCCAGCAGAUUUAAAAGCGAGAUCUCCUGAAAGGAGGAAUGAAGGAGUCCUCCUAUUGACCUCUUUUAGGAGCAGUAAGGGAGAUUUUUUAAUUUUGUUCUUAUAUUGUGUUUUUUUUUUAUAUUUUAUUUUAGUGUUGACCUCCUUUUGUCAUCUUUUAGGAGCAAAAAAGGAGAUUUUAUACUUCUAUUGUGAUUUUUUUUACUUCAUUUUAGUAUUGAUCUCCUUUUGUCCUCCUUUAGGAGCAAUAAAGGAGAUUUUUUAAUUUUUCGUAGCUUAAAAAUCGUACUUUUGAUUCAAAAAUUACAAUUUAACGGGAAAUAAUAACUGUUAUUUUUUGUCUUCAAGCGAUUGUUCAUUUCAACUGUGUUUUUUAAAGCGUGCAGACAUAAAUAAAAUGACGUCACAAAAUAAUUUUUUAUUCAAUUCUCUCGAAUGCGGAAGUUCUUCAAUUUUAAGUGGAGAAAAUAUCAAUGUGUCCACCAUUACUUCCCGAAACACCUCCUCCUGGCAGAAAAACAUGGAACAAAGAAUACGGAAGCUAGAGGAAAUAUCGGCGCAGAACACUAUACUCCUGGAGCGGAUUAUUGACAUAUUGCAACCGAAGAAGAUUGAUUUAAUGAUAUUUCCUAUUAAAAGCAUAAAUGAUUUAGCAUCUACAGAGUCCUUGCUUUUGAAUAAGCCUGAGGCAGAAAUUGUGGCGUAUCUGAAGCAAAAAUUUUCAAAGAGACCCCUAUCAAAAAUUUUGGAUGAAGUGAUUGCGGAGUCCCUGCUCUUAAAAGUGAAUUGGGAUGGAGCCAAAAAAAAAGUUGCAUUGAAGAAUUAUGCACUUUUCAAUAAAUUUCUUUACGAGGCCUUAAAAGAUGACUACUCAUACCCUGAUUUUGAGGCAAAGAUCAAAAAGGCGUUUCUCAAAUGUAAGGCUCAGUUCUACAGGAACACUUAUAAUAUAAAAAAAAAAUAAUAAAUUUCAUGUACAUUCAUUUAAUUAAAAAAUUUUAAUAAAAAACAA